AUGGCAAGUGUAGAAGCAGACGAUUCCGGCGAUGUCAAAGACUGGAUUGCGCAAGUCAAACAACUACAACUGCAACGGAAAGCAGAAGAUGAAGCGCGAAAUAGGAAGUUGGAGGAGGAUAUUUUGGCAGAGCGCAGGGCGCGACAAGAGCGGAGAGCGAAUCGCAGUCGUUCCGUGUCGCCAGAGAAGCUUGGCAAUUCUGCGAAUCGACCCGCCUCCAGUGGUCUGCCUAAAGUUGAGGCAUCUACUGCACCCAAAUCUGCCGUACCGAUCGAGAAGGCUGAGCCAACCAGACCCAGUAGUCAAGAGAACAACACAUAUGUGGCGGAAGAAGUCCCGGCCAUCAGUGAGAAGCCAACACUGACGAAGACUGCCAAAAUAGGUGAGAGCACAGCAACAAAGGUGGACGUGCGGCAGAUGCUCGAGAAGCGCGACCCAUCCUACUUUAGGCAGACACCGAAGCCCGUUGGGCUACGCAAAAGUUCGUCGAGCCAGACAACGACUGUCCCAAUGGCACUGCUGGGCCUCUCAAAAAUGCCCGAAGCAUCUACACCUCUCCCGAGCAAGUCAACAAUUGCAGAUGCUUCGCCUGUCGAAGAGGCGAAGAAGGCUACUCCGCCGAAGCCCAAGUCUUCUGAAUCGCCCAUCAUUCCAAUCAAACCGACCCUUACAAAGCUGCCAGAUCAGCUUGCACCACUGGCAUCGCCCUCUGGUGGCAAGCGUCUCUCUGCACAACUCUCCCCUCUCGCGCCAUCAAGGCUACAAACGCCUCUCAGCGGAUCAAACCCCACAACGCCCAUCAAGUCUGGUUCACGUUCUGGGAGCCCCACGCGUGCUGAAUCACCGACACGUUUUGCAAGCAUGCAAGCCGGUAGCAGUAUGAGUAGCGCAGAUUUGCUAGCGACGAUGCGAUCGGGCCUCAAAAGUACAGCUGUGCAUCGCCAGCCUGCUCAAGAUCACGUCAAAGCGACGCUUCUGAGCGCAAAAGGUGGACUUCGCUCACCGACGUCGCCUGCCCUCAAGACAUUUGGCACGUCAGAGACACCAUCACCGGGCAAGCUUAUCGAUAGCCCGCGUUUACUGACCCCAAGAAUGGCAAAGACUGAGGAGAGCGUGACGCCUAUUGCGCGGCAGAAUUCAGCACCAGUAUCGGCCCCUGCUGAUGCAGCACCACUGACCGCUUCAUUCACGAGGCAUCAUUCCAUGCCACCAAAAAAUGUCAAGCAAUCUGAUCUCUCAAAUCGCUUCAACCCUGGUCUUGCGAGUUUGCUUCAACGUGGACCACCGCCAUCAGUACAGAAAGGGGUGGCUCCAGAGGAGCAACCUGUGCCUGGCGCAAUGGAAGAGGAAAAAGCCGCGAUAGCUGAGUCAUCACAGACGUUGACACAUAUGACCAAAUCUAGGGCAAGGCGGCCAGGCAAAAGACCACCCACUAGCCUGGCCAAGGUUGAAGCAGCAACUUCUUCGAAAGAGAGUCCAGAGCCGACAAAGUUGACUAAGCCAGACGAGCCGGUCGCUAAACCUGCUGUGCCACUUGCCUCCAAGCCAGUCUCGAGAGUAAACACUGCCUCGUCAACGGCAUCAAAACCAGCGGCCUUGUCUGCAAAGCCAUCAUUGGCAGAGCGCUUCAACCAGAACAACGCUGACUCUCUCUUGGUUGCGCCAAAGCCAUUGGGCUCGCCGCACAGAUUCGACAUUAAGCGCACGGAGAAUAGAUCUCCUACGUUACCGGAGCUCAAGACUUCUCCUCUCAUGCCAGACUUCAAACGGAUGAGCCUAUCGAGUCCCAAAUCACCUAGUCAUCGGAAUAGUAUGGAGCUUGGCAAGUCUGCAACCGGCUCGAUUCCUGGCAUGUGGUCACAAGCAAGGAAGCAAGAAGUACUGCCCAUGGAGAAGCCUUCACCGCCGAGCAAGCCCGUUGCUUAUGUGCAACUGGAGGAUGUCGCACCUCAAAACACAAUGCAAAACAGUCUGCCUGCAAAGCCAGAGUUGCCGGCCAAAAGUGAGCCAGUAAGAUCUCCAUCUGUCUUUUCUGGUCGAUCAGUCAGUCCCUUCAAACGUGAAGGUCGUACCCAAUCGAUUCAUCACAAGAGCAUGACUUCCUCUUCUUCCAUUCCCGAUGUCGGCGACUUGCUUCGAUCGCGGGCCAAUUCUAUGCUGAUGCGAGAUUUGUCCAUCAAAGCGGCGCCGAUACUGCCAAGCCCUCAAACAUCUCCUCGACUACCCUGGGCAGAGUCAGCAAGGCCACCGCCAACCAGUUCAGCGCCUAGUGUCACGCGUCUCAACUCACGACCCGGUGCAGGAGGUGGGGCGUUGCUGUUUUGUGUUCGACAACAUGUUCGCAGUAUCGUCAUUGAUGAGCUUCUCUGCAAAGCAGCACAGUUGUGUUCUGGUUUUGUGUACAUUUUGCAACAGCCUGAGCAAGUGACCAUCUGGCAAGGUCGCGGUGCCGCGCCUGCAGAGGUGGAAGCGGCUCGCGAGUUUGCUCAUUCGCUGAGUGAUGCGACGCCCAUCGUGCUGCGCGAGGGUGAUGAAUCGCCUGAUUUUUGGAAGGCGUUGGGAGGACAGGGUCGAUACGCUUCUGCGAGCUAUUGGAAGUUGAAGAAGGACUUCAAGCAUUACCGGACUGCGCUGUACACGGUUGAUCAUGUGGACCAGCGGAUACACAUUUCGAUGAAGGAGGCCUUUUCUGUCGCUGACUUGAAGGGAGACAAGGUCCAUGUGAUCGAUACAUUCUUCGAGCUCUACACAAUCAUCCCAUCGGUGAAGGCCAAUGUCAAGCGCGAUGAUAUUCUGGCUGCACUGAAGUUUGUGCGAGAUCACAGUACAAAGUCAGGGCACACACGACCGUUCGUUCCAAUGGCCUUGGUUGUGAGUUGUCUCUCGCGCUGGCCCAGAGAUCUCAAAGCUGUCUUUCGCGAGCCAGUGGAGGAUACACUGCCAAAUUUGGCCAUCCUCGAGUUGGAGACUGCUGAGCAAGUCUUGCGCUUUUCCAAGUUCUCUAGGAAAGAACUGGCGGAAGGCACUGCACUGGGAGCAGACUACAAGCGCCUAGAAGACUUCUGCGAUGCGAAUUGUUUCGAUGAGCUGUUUGCUAUGGAUGCACAGCAAUUCAAGCGUGCGUCUUUUGAGAUACAGAAGCAAAGUAGGGACCGGGCAUUGAGGACAUUGGGCGUUUAUGCGCUGACGUAG